GAAUGGCACAGCUGUCUGCGUCUACUCCAUGGAAGAGAUCGACAGGAUAUUCCAGAACUCUCUCUUCAAGGGAUACAGUGAAGACAUUCCCAACCCAAGACCUGGAACAUGUGUCUCCAAUAGUAAAGCCCUGCCAUUGGCUACGGUGAACGUGAUAAAGGAUCACCCAGAGAUGAGAGACUGGAUCCAUCCCAUCCAGUCCUACACCCCAUUCUACAUCUCUAACUAUAACUACACCAAGAUAGUUGUGGACAGAGUACAGGCGUCAGACUACACCAUGCAUAACGUCCUGCUGCUAGCAACUGACACUGGAAAGAUCCAUAAGAUCUUAAAUGAUCAUUUUAAACCUUUCAUCAUCUCAGAGACUCAUCUCUCCAACCACUCUGAUGUCAUCAGAUCCAUGAAACUGGACUCUAGAAAGAGGAAGCUGGUGGUAGGUUUGUCAGAGCAGAUCUCCAUUCUGGACCUCCAGAGGUGUCAGGACUAUAACGGAUCCUGUGCUGAGUGUGUUCUGGCCAGAGACCCGUACUGCGCCUGGACAGAGGCUGGGUGCAAACCCACCGUCCCGGGAGGCAUUCAAAAUAUUGAUGGAGGACAAACUAAUGUGUGCCUUAAAACAGCAGAAGUUAAAAUACCAGAAGAACCAAAGAAGCCCACCAGCAACAGGACCAGACGUGACACCCAGCCCUCCUCGUCCCUGAACGCCCUCGGUGCCUCGGUCCACUCUGUGCCCCUGGGCGUCCCCUUCUACCUGUCCUGUCCCAUAGACUCCUACCACGCCCACUACAGCUGGGAACACCUGGGCAAGACACGCCCCUGUCUGCGGCUGCAGGCCAGCUGUCUCCAUCUCAUCCCCUCCAUGCAGACAGAGCACUAUGGGGACUACCAGUGUGUCUCCAAGGAGAGAGACUACACCAGGGUGGUAAGGGUGGUCCGAGCUACACAGCUGCUAAGUAACCCAAGCAUAAUAAGCAGGCCUGCCAGACCGGUGAGACCCAUCAAUACUAACAUAGAGGACUCUGAGAGCAACGGAGCAACAACAGUUAUGGCAAUGCAAGCGGGAUGGUUCGUGACCUUUGCAGCUUUGGACAUUGUCGUGCAACUUCUGCAAUAAAAUCAUGUCCACAUGGACUUCAUCAUGAUAUGACACUGUACAUCUGCGCUCUAUAACGGAUCCACAGUGCAUUCAGAAAGUAUUCAGACCC